UACUUUUUGAGGUAUCGUAGACCUCGGCUUAUCCCUUUGAAAUUUAGCAAUAAAAAGAUUUAUUGCUAUAUUAUUUUCUUCUGAUUUAUCGUUACAAUUUUUCGUAAAAACUUUUGUUGCUAAAAAGGGGCUGGAAUGCCCAUGGUUAUAGACUUUUUUUUAAUCUUCACAAAUUAGUUUUAUAAACGUUUUUGUAUUGGUAAACUCUCUGCUGCAUCGUCUCUGCUUACAAACCCAUUGCUCAUACACGAGUCUCGACUCUGAACGUUGACCGAGUCCGUGUCAUCGGAGGUCUAGGCACUAGUGUCCGUUGAUUUGGCGCCAUUCGAGAAAUUACUUUCAAAGAGGAUGAAACUGAAUACAAAAAUUUACGAUCUCGUCAUUAUGGGGAAGAUUGUGGUUUUUCUUGGGAGCUAUUUGAAAUAAAGGUUGUCCAAGAUGGCACCAUCAAGCUCAGAUGAACUAGAGUCAAUAAAAAACUACAGAAUCUCUGAACUUCUUGGAAAAGGAGGUUUUGCCCAUGUCUACAAAGCAUAUCAUAAAGCGACAGGGAAAGAAGUUGCCAUUAAAAUUAUUGACAAAAUUGCAUUACGCAAGAAUGGCAUGGCAAGUAGAGUAAGAAAUGAGGUUGAAAUUCAUUGUCAGCUCAAAAAUCCCUCAAUAUUAGAGCUUUACAGUUACCUUGAAGAUGAUGACCAUGUCUACCUUAUUCUGGAGAUGUGCCAUAAUGGUGACCUUAAAAAGUUCUUGGAAAACAGGGGAUCGCCUUUGAAUGAGAGAGAGGCUCAGAAAAUCCUUCUUCAAGUGCUGAUGGGUGUACUGUAUCUACACUCGCAUGGUAUUUUGCACAGAGAUUUGACCAUGGGCAAUCUGCUUCUUACGGCUGACAUGCAAAUUAAAAUAGCCGAUUUCGGCUUAGCAGCUAAAUUGAAGCUACCGAACGAGAAACAUUACACAAUGUGCGGAACUCCAAAUUUCAUCUCACCGGAAAUAGCUACGAGAAGCCCCCACGGUCUGGAGUCUGACGUAUGGAGUUUAGGCUGCUUAUUAUUCAACCUACUUGUUGGCAAACCUCCGUUCGACACAGAGGCUGUCAGGAGUACAUUGAACAAAGUCGUUUUGGCUGAUUACGUCAUACCAAAAUCUGUCUCCCCACAAGCUGCUAAUCUUAUCACACAGCUUUUACGUAAGAAUCCGAACGAGAGAAUCACUUUGGCUGGAAUCUUGGAUCAUCCUUUCAUGACACAAAAGCCAAUGUACUUGAAGGAAAAUUCACAGCAGCUAGCCAGUCACUCAAUGGACAGCGGCAACGAAACAAUGAGGACUGAAGCGACCAACACGGACCAUCGUCAGAUGGCCAAUCAAACCAAGCGCCCGGAGCCGCUUACUGUUUUAACUGGAAUAAAAGAAAUCGAAUCUGAGCCGUUACCACCUUAUCUGAAGCAUCCACCUUCACCUCCUGUUCGCCUGAGAUCAAGGCAAAACCAGCAUAGGUUUGCCUACCAGGGCGAUCUACACAAAGCGACGUCAGGCUGCUCGACACAAAGCGGCAGCUACGAAGUCGUUAAAACCAGUACUCAGUCAAGUUUUGGUCCUGCGUGUGACUCUAACCUUUACCGCCAACACAGACAAGUCGAUACCCAAGACUACCAGCGAACUUCAAAUGGAAAUCGCAGUAGAUUCACAAACACUUCUGUUGCAUCAGAUAAUUCGUCUUGCGAUUGCUCGAGAGGGCGCUUGGAUAAUCAAAAAUUCACUUCCACGGAAGGCAGCAAUUCUGGCGUGAAGAAAAAGUAUGUAUAUGACAGUGUGGAAACGGUUGUCAAGCGUGAUGUUUUCAACGAUCUUACCAAUAAGUGCUUAGCUGGGCCAAACAUGGCCGAACCGAUACGAGAUUUUGGUGCAAAGACUACUGAUAAAGAGAAUCGGCCUCUAGGAAAGAUGGAGAGUUCUUUGGACUUUGUUGGGAAAAAAAAGAUUUCGUCUACUCUGGAAACUGUUAUGGAGCCAUUGAAUGUUCGACGAUUAAGACCAAUACGACAGAAAACUCGAAAUGUAGUGCUAAGCAUUUUGGAAGAUGAGACUGUGUGUCUUGAGUUCAUCAAAUCAAAAGGGAAAGACUUUUGCGUAACGGAAGUUUUUCGAGUAUCAUCAGACGGUAAUAAAGUGACCACGUACCAGACGAAUGGAAGAGACGGUGCUCCUCUUCUUGAUCGACCGGGUGAAGUCCCAAAAUCAGCCGUUAGCUAUGCAUUUAGUGGCCUACCGCAGAAGCUGUGGAAGAAAUACCAGUACGCAGAUAAAUUUGUCCGUCUCGUUCGCAUGAAGUCUCCCAAGAUUACAUUCUACUCUGAGGAAGCAAAGUGUGUACUGAUGGAAAACUCUCCUAACCCGGAUUUUGAAGCCACUUUUUAUAACGGUGCCAAAGUCCACAUUUCAGCAGCAAAGAAAAGAAUAAUAUGCUCUGAUGGCAAAUCAUACGAGUUAAAGCUGACAGAAGACACCUAUAAUUUGUCUAGUGAUGCGAAUCAGCUACUGACGCACGCUCAACUUUGCCUGGAACACUGCAAGAAACUCGAAUCCUGUUUUACACAGCUGCAGCAUGAAAUUCCUCAGAAUUCGCUAUUCCCAGUUACCGUUAGUCGGAGACCGGCAAAUAUUCACUGCCCUAAAGAGAAAUCUCCCAGUCAAUCGAGAUCAGCUGUUGAGACGAAAUCGCCACUUUCGCCUCCAGUAUGCGGGCCUUCUUCUGUUUCUGUGAUGUCAUACGAAGGCACCGUUAUAGCUGAGAAUAGAAGCAAGCAGCAGAGAGCCUCGCAGUCAUCAAGAACCUCGCAAUCAUCACCCUCUUCAGUAAAUAUGUCUAAAGAGAAAGGAACCAACGCCCAAUCACUUCUUCCCAGCAAACCCUCGGCGCCAUCACAGCGAUCGCCCUCCGUAGCACCCUCUGAUCAGUCGUCUAGAGGCAGAAAGCUGCCAUCAAAGAAUGUAUUUGUUCCUGGAAUUGGCUGGGCCUCACAGCUUGAGGACGGCGAGGUUUGUGUUCAGUACAACGAUGGCACACAAUUGAAACUGCAAAGAGGACUGCAAUCGAUAUCAUUCUCUGAUGCUAUCGGAAAUACCACAAGGUAUGGCAGAACGGACAAGUUUCCACCCAGUCUGAAGAUAAAGCUUUCAAGUAUUCCUUCAAUAAUCGAGUUGCUAGCUGCGAGAACCUAACGGCCGCAUGCCUCUGUAAGCCCGAGUUAUUUGUAUCAGAUAGUAGAAAAACAACCGACGUAUUCAAUUUUAACGAGAGUUCACAGCAAGUCAUCUACCACUGCCUGCCCCCAGCAAGCUUUUUGUAGUCGUCUGUUAUCAAAAGUUGUAUUUUCAUUCUUGUUGAAUUCUGGAAACGAAUCUUUAACAGUAAGAGCUAACCAUUCAAAACUUUUUGACAUUCAAAACAUGACAACUUUUUCUUAAACUAGUAGGCUAGUGAAACUUUUAUGUUUCACUCUGGUGUUCGAAUAUUCCCCAAAAACGUGUGCAGUGUCAUAAAAUGGUCGAGAUUGUACAGAGUCGGGACCUCUCUAUCCUCUCCAAAGUCUGGCACUUUAAACAAAGCUGAAUUCAUUUAACAGCAGGAUAAGUGGCACGCACCGAGAAUAUCGUCUUUUGCUAACACCUAUAUGCUCAUCAGCAGAAUAUCUGAAAAGGUUUCUUUUGUAAGGAAAAUAGACAUAACGAAACGAUUGCCACAUCACAUUUUAUCUUAUCAUCGGAUCAGUAAUGUAAAAGGAAAUAAAUUUUCGUUCAUUUCUGUUCUACCAGAUAGUUGUUAAGAUCAAGACAGGAAAGAUUUUUUGCAUGCCAUUAGUCGACAACGGAAAAUUGAUUCACUCAAUUCUUGACAAAAUUAACACAUCUACGUUCCACGCUUGAAUGAUUUGCUUACUGUCUGAAUGAUAAGUAACUGGAGGAAUUGCAAUUCAAAUCAAUUAGCAUUGGCCAUUUUUUGCGUUAUCAGCUUGCCAGUUGUGCACAUGUCAACAUCUAUCUUCGUAGAUAUCAGGCUGCUGACCUCUGUUUGAGAAGGAGAUCGUAGCUGAUUGAAAAGGAUGGCUAUAUUGUUCUUAUAUCAUUAUAUUCUCAGCAGAAAGAAUUUUGAACAUAUGUUUGUACUUUGAAAUAUGUUUUAUGAUAAUGUCUUUAACAUGUAUAUCUAGAUUUGUAAAUGUACAUAUGAUCAAUGUUUAAAUGA